AUUGUAUUGGCCAGACUGCCGGACACAGAGGUCCGUAUUGGCUGUUUUUCUUUCACAACGAUCCCAAAGAACUCAGAGAUUUGGAAUAUUAGGUUACAGUGUGGCAAAAUGGCGACUGUCAUUCAGAAUCCGCUGAAAGCAGAAGAGUGAUCUAAUCGAAACAGGAGGCAGUUAUGGGGAGAGAAGCCAUGCAGGCUGGCUCAGGUCCAGUGUCUCUUCUGUCUUUCGAUAUGAAGUUGGUAGUCGUGUCUCAAUGACUCUUGACUGCCUAAAGGGAAUCACAUGGAUGACAAUGCUCGGGGACCAGUUCUACAGGGAGGCCAUUGAGCACUGUCGCAGCUACAAUGCCCGCUUGUGUGCGGAGCGCAGCGUACGCAUGCCCUUCCUGGACUCUCAGACGGGUGUAGCUCAGAACAACUGUUACAUCUGGAUGGAGAAGCGGCACCGGGGGCCAGGGUUGGCGGCAGGUCAGAUGUACACCUACCCAGCUCGUUGCUGGAGAAAGAAGAGGCGACUUCACCCACCACUAGACCCUCAGCUUCGCCUUUGUGAACUCAGACUUGAGGCUGAGCUAAUGGCCAAGAGGGAAGCCCCACCGACAGAAGCCACAGCCCUGGAGGCUCUGCUACGAGGGGACGGGAUCUUGGACAAAAGAAACAAUAACUCUAAAGAGGAAGAGACACUACUGGAAAUCCAGAGGGUUCUUGAGGCAGAUGAAAACGGGGAUGGCUUCCAUGACGAUGAGGAUUUUGAAGUGGACACACCAAAGAGGAAGCAUCGAAACAAAGGCAGGGGUCGAGGCUCUGGGCGCAGGCGAACAGAAGCAGUGGUUAAUGAUGAUCAGGAUAAACCCUACGUUUGUGACAACAGAUACAAACAAAAGCAUAACUCAAAAACCGCUGACUCAGUCUGUGGGAAGCGUUACAAAAACCGCCCUGGACUAAGCUACCAUUAUGCCCAUACUCACCUUGCUGAAGAGGAGGGUGAAGAAGAACGAGAAACUGAAAUCCCCCAGUCUCCUCCUGUCCACCACGAGAAUCACAAACCACAGAAAGGGCCUGAUGGUGCGAUCAUCCCUAAUGACUACUGUGACUUCUGUCUGGGAGACUCAGGCUCUAACAGGAAGACAGGCCAGGCUGAGGAGCUGGUUUCCUGUUCAGACUGCGGCCGCUCUGGCCAUCCUUCAUGUUUGCAGUUCACAGACAACAUGAUGCAGGCUGUUCGAACAUACCAGUGGCAGUGCAUCGAGUGUAAAUCCUGCAGUCUGUGUGGCACCUCAGAGAACGAUGAUCAGCUUCUGUUCUGUGACGACUGUGAUCGGGGAUACCACAUGUACUGCCUCAAGCCUCCAAUGACUCAGCCACCUGAGGGAAGUUGGAGUUGUCAUCUGUGUCUUGAUCUGCUGAAGGAUAAGGCAUCUGGUUUCGGAGAGCCGUAAGCGUUGAGGUCCUACACAGAUGCACACAGACACGCACAGCGGACUCAGGAUGGAUGUUUGUCCUGGUUUUGCUCUGUAGUUUUCCUCCUGUAGUAGUGUGAAGUGGAGAUUUCCUCUACCUCCGUGUUACAAACAUUUCCCUAAAACAAGUCUAGGCAAUCGGUACCUCACAAACAUCCAGCUCACUAGCAAAUCCAAAGGCAGGAUUGAGUUCAGAUUGUCCGAUCGCCUAGAAAUACAAGUCUUAUUUAUAUGAAAAGUACUUAGUUAAAUCGCAACACCAGCAUAAGAGCUACAAUAUCGCAAAUGAAUGAAGUGAUAAUGAGUCUUUUAUAGACACAGAAGCCCCUGAGCUGUGAUUCUAAGACAUUAUUUCUUUGAAAUUAUGAUUGACAAAGGAAGUUUUAAGAAAUAGCGGAUUUUAAAGUCAAUAUCAUGGUGACAAGCUGUUUCUGUAAAUCUGUAAGUAAUAAAAGCAACAUAAACUUACCCAGAAACACACACCAGAGGUAUAAAAACAGAACCCCUUUCAUUUUAUUUGGUUUCUAUUCACUUGGCAAAGACAUUUUUGACUUGCACAAAGAAAGAAAUAACGAGGAUAAAUGUGAUUAGAAGCUCAUCUUUCUUACUGGGAUCAUCAUUCAGGUAGACAUUUAGGGCUUAGUGUCUGAGAGUUAUUGUGAAAGCAAUCUUUAUCUAAAUGGCAAAAAAUUGUUUUUCCCUGUAUCAAAGCAGCACUUAUAGUUUUUACUUAAUCAGGACUGGAAAAUAAUGUUCGUUUAAUUUGUUCUUUUAUAUAUAGUUUAGCAGACAAUCGUGUGGUUGGUAAAUUACAUGAUAGCCAUCAUAUUCAAAUACACCUAAUGCUUUUCCUUGUGCAACGACAAUACUGGCAUGCUUUGUGUUGCCUUUUCAAGCCUGCUUUUUUCCUUUCCAAUUUCUAAUUAUUAAAUGUGAACAUAGACUGUUUAAAUCUUUGUUAUUUUGUGUUGAACAUAUCUGGUUAUGCUCCAGGAACAUUUUAGUUUUGUGUGUCACUGAACCUUCUAUUGUUCCAUCCGCCUGUUUGGAGCCCUUCAUACCUCUCUGAGUGAAACAUCUGUUCACUCCAUUUUGUAUUUCUUUGCUCAUGAUAUAUUAGCAUUUCUAUUUCCAUCUGGACAUUCUCUCAUGUCAUUCCCACCUCCUUCACCUGUAUAAUACAUUAGAGGCUCUAUUUUCAGAGCCAAUUCAUCAACACUCUCCAGAUCCAGGGAUCUGUUGAAUAUUUUAGCUAUGCAUUUUUUCAAAGGUCAUUUACAUUACAUUUACAUUUGUUUUUUGGCAGAUGAUUCUUUGCCAAUGGUCUACUAAAAUAGUGUUUGUGCAUUAAGACAUUUCUUAAAGGUUCUAGAAUCAAAGUAGUUUUGAUGAUAUUUAGAGUCCGUUCAUCUAGUAAGCCUUUUGGAAUAUAAUUUCUGUUGUUAAUGAUUUAUGUUUAGAACAAAAAGAAAAUAAAAAAGUAGGGGGAAAAACUGACGGCUGAUACAGUAUGACUUUUCACACUUUAUAUUGUUAACCCAUUCUAAUUACUGGGUUAUCUUUUUUCCCCCCAUGUUUCGCACUGUAUUCAGGUUUCGAGAUUUGUACAAUUGUAAAGUGGGUGUAAACUGGAUGUUUGCAAAGAUGAACGAACGAACACAGCAUGUGCUGUGGUUACCAUAUUCUUCAAAAUAUCUUCUUUUGUGCUCAGCAGAAGAAAUUAAUUCAUACAGGUUUGGAACAGCUUCAGAGUGAGUAACAAAUGAUGACAGGAUUUUCAUUUUCGUGUGAACUUUCCCUUCGAAAAAAGACGAUAAGCUAGAAGCCUACCUCUCGAAGCAGCUUUAACUGAAGCGUCGAAAGUCGUAGGCCUACAACACGAACUGAUUUUCUUUAGUCCAAAAGUAGCCUAGAAAAACGCAGUUGAGUUAACCAUAAGGACGAUAAUCAUCCCAAUUGAUUUGUCAUGACCUGUUACGACACAUCUUGUAUAUAACCUGUAAUACAAACACAAAUGUUGAAUACUUUUUAAUCCUUUGGAGUCACGAGAAUCCUUUUGUACUUAGUUUUUUAUAUUAUUUCGUAUGCCAUUUUCUUCUUCUUAUCCUUGUAAUGUAAAAUGUAAUAAAAAUGUAAAAAGUAAAACCAAGGCUCUGCUGAUUUUACGGUUUAAAAAAAAAAAAAUGGAGAAAAAAAACACGAAAUUGGUUGUACUUGUACCGCUCAUGAUUACCACUAGAGGGCAGCACAUACACAUACACAGACGAGCUGGGACACCACCUUCCACUAUCCAUUUAGUGCUGAUCUCGGUUCAGAUCAAAGCUACCCCAAAACCUUUACUGGCAUUAUUGUAGUAAAAUAUAGCUCAUGGAAUCACAAUUCUCUGAUGUAGCCAUAUGCUACAACAAACAUUUAAUAUAUGUUUAAUGGACCAUCACGCACAGUUUGAACUAAAUAUACAUGACAUAAAAUGAUAAAAAAGCAUACUUGAGCUCUCAAACUGAAUGUUUAUUGAAUGUCUCAGGAUUUCAGUUCCAUUAUCUUGACCUACUGGGUCCUCAUCUUUUUUUAAUGAAAAAAAAAAAAAAAAAAAAAAAAAAAAACUAAAAGCAAUAAAAGUCUUUAGAAAUAUUACAUGCAUAGUUUUGUGCUGAAUAUGGCACUUGUGCCUCUAAGUUAUAUUCCACGUUCAGUAUUCUACACGUAAUCUUCCAUAUCCAGGAUUGCUGCAAAGUCUAUACAUUCCAUUUAAACCUAAUGUACAGUUAUGAGUCAAAUCAACUACAUGAAAAUGUGUAGAGGAAAUGUCAAACGAACACAUUUCUGUUCUGCCACUUAACCGGUUUUAAACUUGUAGGCAAAUGAGAGAAUUCAUGUUUUCCAGUAGCUCAAGUCUAUGUGUCUCUGGCAGUGAUGCUGCUUCAGGGAACGAUGCAAGCAAAAAAACAAAAACAGAGAUGCAGAUUGGUUGGCUGCUUGACGUCCUGCAAAAAUACCUUUCUAAUGGGUGGCAAUCCCACUGUCUACAGUUGAUAUGUUGAGAAUGAAGGGCUGUGAACCCCAGAUGUUUGUGUUCAGAGCAAAUCAUCAUCAUCAUCAUCAUCAGACUAAUCGCUACACCGACACUAAGCAUUCAUGAAACAUACUUACAUUCUACUUUGAAUCUACAAUACCUUACAUUAAAGCAAAGACAAACAUAGCUGACAAGAACCAAUGUGUUGGUUUCAAACAUACAGUAAUAUCAUAUGCUUAUGGAAGCCCAAAAUCAUAAUAUUAGGAUAAAAAGUCAAAAUUAUGAGUUACUAAGUCAUAAUUUAUGACAGGUUUUUGUCAUAAUUUCGACUUCUGUGUA